AGAGGCUCCCUCUGCCUGUAUAUACCAGUGUGCAAAGACAUUUGCACUUCAGCUAUACAUCCAAUGCAUUUCCCUGCUCUCUCUCUCUGAAGAGCGUUUGUAUCAAGGGCUUCUCUCACUCAUUCCAACCCCCUCUUUCUCUCUUCCUUUAAUUUUCUCUCUCCUUUGCAUGCACAAGCAUUUUAUCUCACUGUUGACCCAGCAAUCACCGGAAUGCUUUAGCUUGGAUUCUACAAGAGGCACCCAGGGAGGCAAUAGGCAGCUCCAGCUAUCUGCUGAUUGGGAUCUACCCCAGAUAUUCAAAUCCUGCCACAGAAGAAGGAUGACAGAGGUAAUGAACACGUGCGAUCCUGCAAUGGAAGAAUUCACAUUGAAUGUCACUGGUGCAGAAGGUCAUGCCGUUCAGAUAUUUCCAGAUUCACAAGAAAAACAUCCUAAGCUGACAAAGCGAUUGCCAUCAAUAGUAGUAGAGCCAACAGAAUCUGGUGACGUGGAGAGCGGAGAGCUUCGUUGGCCUCCUGAGAACUUGUCGCCAUCUGAGGACAAAAGCCUUGCUCACGAUCAGGCAACGUGUCAAGGGCAGCGCUCAGAACCUGAAGGUGCUGCUCGUUCAUGAAGAGGGAAACUCAUACUCGAUGUAGGAGAAGCGGAAAGCUGAAUUAGAAUUUGAAUUAGAAUUAUUGCAAGUUUCUUGUGUUUUUUUUUUUAAAGAUCUGAGAAAUAAAACAAAGGAAUGUUAUUAACCACUUGGCUUGCAAAAAAAGCUGUCAUGCUUUGCACACAAUGGGUUAAACUUAAAUGGAUUAAUUAGCACAAGCAGAGAACAGUUGGCGCUGUUCUAAAACAUUUAUGUAGAUUUCCAAGAAUCUAGCAAGUCAGUUGGCGCUGAUCAUUGUUUUGUUUUUUUACUACCAGUAUAUAGAGAUUUAAUACUGACUCAUAUACCUGGGAAUUCUAACUCUAUCAUUUGAGCCAAAUGCUUGUGAAAUAGUGGAUAUAUAUAUAUAUAUAUAUUUUUUUUUUUUCUAUUUCAUUUUAGUUAAAAAUGUUACAAAUACAAUUCCUAGAUUCCCCUUUAGAAAUAAAUGUCCAGGGGGCAUGGAAUAGCCCAUGUUUCCUGUCAUGUAUUUAAAAGAACACAGUUUGUACCUUCCUGUGUUUUAUUGUGAUCGGAAGUCUAGAAAACGUACAUUUAUCUCCAGUGCAGUCUAUUUGCAAGUCCACCCUCCUGGAUGGGUUCUCUCCAGUAACUUUGGAAGUGAAUUGUUGACGUUGGGGUGGGCGGAAACCUAACCUUUUUCUAUAAAUAAAAUGUUUGUGCUGAGAGAUAAGGAGUAGAUUUCCACAUGUUUCAGAAAUAUUAUGUUUUGAUCAAACUUAUUUGAAUGCAUGAUUGUAAAUUUGGGUGGCCCACGUCCCUUUAAUUUAUUCUUCGCCAUUAUAGAAUUUGACUGGGUCCAAAGCUUUAGAUUUUUUUGUAUAUAGCUUUUCAUGUAGUAAACAAACAGGCUUCGUGUAAAACGAACGAUUUCAAGUUAUUUUGUUUUUUUAAUAGACAAUAUUUGGUUUCAUUCUGAAGCUGAACUGAUUUGGUAACCGAGCAAGCAUUUCCUAGAUUAGCUUUAGACAAACAUGUGUGUCAAACUUUUGUUUCUCAUUGGUGGUUAUGGGUGCCUUUAAAGUGGCUAGAAACGUAUAGGGACUUUCACGAUUCAGAUAGCGCAUACAGUUUUAUCAAAUUUCUUUUUCUUGAUAUCCUUUGUUGAAAAGCAGGAAGGUAAGCUUUGGAGUGUGCACUUAUCUUCAGCACUAUAACAAAAAUUUUAUACAUUAGCAACAUCACUAAAUGGCAGCACAUUUUCCUGCCAGGUGGUGCUCCAGACAAACUACCUAUAUCUUCAAAAAAGAAUAACACGAGAAUGAAGAAAAUGGGAUAUUUGUAUGUUGUGUCUGAACUAUGAAAGGAAGAAAAAAUAGGUUUUAUGUCCCUCUUUAAAGUAACUUCUUCAAUCUACUCCAUAUUGUCUUAUUCCUCAUCCAAUCAAACUUUAUAUUAUCCCACUCAUUCAAAUUUAGAGCACACCUAAUUUGGCUAAAUGUCUUCUUAGAAGCAGAUUUAUCAUUAUCCGGACAGACAAAUUUCUCAGGCAGGGAACCUGUCCACUUGGAAUUGAAAGGAGUGGGAGGUAUUCACUGCCUGUAUUUAUCAUUGCACGAGCAGUGUGCAGUGCCGUCCCCUGCAUUCGUGCAACCAAUCACAGGAGAGAAGGGCUUGUCAAUCACCCCGGAUUAUCAUGGUGUUAUUUUAAUCUGCCACUUCUAAAGACCACUGCAUUAUACAUAUAAAUGAGCGAGUCUACACAGCAGGAGGGCCAUACAACUUAAUACAUUUACCCGUAAAACAUGGCGGCACCCGUAAUAAGAGGGAGGUGCAUGGAAUGUAUUUAGUGUUUAGUGUCCUUUUAAUAUAAGUUCUUCUGCCAGACAAUUCCACUUUAAGGGAUAUGAAACCCAUUUUAUUUCAUGAUUCAGAUAGAGAAUACAAAUUUAAAAAAGUUUCCAAUUUACUUCUAUUAUCUACCUAUUUGCGUCAUUCUCAUGUUAUUCUUUGUUGAAGAGAUAUCUAGAUAGGUAUUGGGCACAUGUCUGGAGUACUACAUGACAGGAAAUAGUGCUGUCAUCUAGUGCUCUUGGUAAUGUAUAACAUUGUUGCAAAACAGCUGACAUAUAAAGCUGCAAACACAUGAACACUCCUGAUAUUACCUACCUGCUUUUCAACAAAGCAUAACAAAAAAACAAAGGAAAUUUGAUAAUAGAAGUAAAUUGGAAAGUUGUUUAAAAUUGUAUGCUCUUUCUGAAUCAUAAAAGAAAAACACUGGGUUUAUGUUCCUUUGACGACUGCUUACAUUCAUUUUUAUGACUACAAAUUACUUCUAAUUGAAUGUUUGCCUGGUGCCCGUUUCAAUUACAAAUCAGCUUGGACUCAAAAUGAAGUGAAAUAUUUUAGAAGCUCUAUCCAAUUCUAGCACUGUGAUCUAUUAUCAAUACCGUAUACAUGAUUUUUUUUAAACAUAGAUAUAAAGUUUGCAUUGUUUAGUAAAACUAUUCAUAUAACGUGUAAGUUCAAACAUCUAACAAACAUUAGUUUUGGGUGUUCCUAAGUGCUAAGUAUAUGAUAUUUUAUUUUAUUUUUCUUAACAAGCAAUAUUUAGUGUAGGGGCAAAUGUUAUGUUGAUAGGUUUAUCAGCAGCUGCAUUGAAUUUGUUCAUGAAUAUUUCAAUAAAAAGGCAUUUCCAGGGUGUGUGGGUGGAGAAGAAAACAGCUUAAAUUAGGUUUCUGACUAAGAAAUAGAGUAUCUGCCCUAGUUGAGCUGUAUUUUAUCUUGAUCUUGAAAUGAAACAUUGCCUACAGCAAUUAUUUUAGAAAAGAAAAGAAAAGAAAAAAAGGCCGGAUUUGUAUCACUUAUAUUAAAUACAGAAAAAAAAUGGGCAAUCACAAAGGGAGAGUUCAUUUUAUGUUUAACUCUUUCUUUGUCAGUUGCUUUGUUCCAGAAUCUUUGUAUUUGCGCAAUUUCUGUAAUUCGCAUGAAAGAACAACAUCUAAAUAUAUUGACUUUUUUUCCAUUAAAAAACAUUUUAAAAAAGUUUCUAAAUUUAAUAAAUUUGCAUCAGAAAUGAUUCACUGCAUUGCAAAUGAGGUUCAUUCAAAAUAAAACUAAUGCUGAUAUUGAUACUGGGAUAAUAAUUUACAUUUAAUUUUUAACAACUUUUAUUUAAUAUUUUUAAGCAAAAAAUGUCUACGUUUCAAUGCUGCUUUUUGAGAUAGAUGAUUGUAAAAUGUGUUUUCCUUUCGAAUGAUGAUUUAUGCCAGCUGCAGAUAACUAUAUGGGAAAUUGUUCCUUUAGGUUUAUUUUUGUAUUCAAAAUAGAUGUUUAUAUGCAUCGGUUGUGAUGUAAAAAGGGAUGUGAUGAAUAAAGUUGUUUGAGUAUGGUUCAAAAUGUUUGUGACAAUAUAUUAGUCUCGAAUUAUAUAAAUCAUCAAAAGAAAAAAGUGUAACAAUGUAAAUCCUAAUCAUUCAAUGAAAUACCUCUGUGCCGCAACAGAAUUCUCCAAUACGGAGCAGCCUCUUGAUAACACCCAAUGUGUAUAAAAAUCUAAAUAAUCACUGGGAGCCGAAUCCAAUUUAAUUAAAAUCAAAUAAUUAUUCUUUCAAAAAAGAACAAAACAGCUUUUAUGUUGAGUUUUGCUCAACAUGUUUCAAGCUGUAUUCUUCUUUAUUGAAAUAAUAAUUAUUUGAUUUUAAUUGAGUUAAAGGAAAUCCCUGGAUCUGAGCCUCCUAUAUUGACACAAAAUUGCUUUAUAUUCACUGCAUGCCUGAUUCAACCUGGCAGACAUGAAAUUAUCACAGAUAUACUAGUGGGCUCCCAAACAUGUUUUUUUUUUAUUCCUGAAAAAAAUUACAAUGAAAACAAAUACAACUUAAAAAUAAUAUGGGGGAAUAGCUGUGUAUUAAAAAAUAUGGAUUAUAAAAGGUUGAUGUAAAAAUAAUAUGGGGUCAUUGUUGUGAAUAAAGAAAUACAGAAUUUAAAGGGAUGAUGUACUCAAGCAAGCAGCUUAUAAGACUUGAUUUUAUUUAAAGAUGCUACAGGAACACCAUAACACAGGGCAAAAGGGGCAGCUGCCCAGGGCCCAGUUUCUGUUGAGGGGCCCAAGAGUCCUAAAAAAAAAAUUUUUUUUUUUUUUAUGGUUCAUACCAGACUGCUGAUGUAACAUGGGGGAACACAUACAUUCAAUCCUAAUACUGUCACAGUCAAAGGUACUCUGUUUAUAUAUAUUUUUUUAAAAAAAACUGUGCCAGACCGUGCCGGUGUCAUGUGACAUGCCAAGCUAUUGCCAUGUGCUGUUUUAGAUGUGCACUGUGCAGCACUAAAUGCAAAGCCCUAACUUGGUAUCCAGCCAUUCCCAUUGCAUCAGAAAAGGUCCUACUGGGGUUACCACUGUUACCAGGUCACUGCUCUGGUGGUGGGGAUUGUUUCUGGGUAGGGCUGACUAUAGGCUCAUGCAGCAGAAAGCUGGAGCGGCAAGGACGUGAGGAUUUGAGCAUCUGUGCAGCUGCAUACACUGCUCUCUUCAGUCUUGAGGCUGUGUGACUCAUCCCACACUGUAUCCAUGCAGCCUUGGACAGACAGCAUCCUGUCUGCUGGUCCCCUUAGCCCUGCUCUUUCUGCUGUGGCCCUAAGAUCAACUAACUGAAGUUAUGGGAACAGUGCUUUGUAGAAAGGUGUCAGUGGGAAGAAUAAGUGAGUGCAGACACACCACUCCCCAUGCAGCAUUGUCUAGUGCAGGGUGAGAGGGAACUUGUUCCUAGCAAAGAAGUGACAUGUGCUGCUGUGGCUGAUGUAUAGUGUCAUGCUGAUACUUCACACAUUAAUGUAAGGUUUAUUUUUUAUAGUUUUUGUUUUCUCUCUGUCUCAGAUUUUACAGCUUCCCAUGGUAGUUCUGCUGUUCCAGUCAGUAAACUUAUUUUUGUCUGCACCUCCAUGCUACCUCCUCAGUCUUUACUUUGCUUUGCUCCUGUUGGAUGCCCUAAAACUCUUUAACCAGCUAACCUCACACUAGAAUCACAUUCAAAAGAAUAUUAAAUGAAUCCACAGUGGAUGAAUUUAUAUAUUUAUUUACUUAUUAGUUCUGCUUAGGUCCAGUUUCACAUAUUGCAAUUUAUUUAAUUUUUUUAAAAUGAUUAGCCCAGCAGUGGGCUAAAUUGAUUUAGUUGUUUUUUGGGAUGUUGGGGUGGAGAGCGAAAUUGCAUGGGGGGGCCCAAGAAAAUUUUUGCCCAGGGUCCAGUCAAUAUUAAAGACGGCCCUGACCAUGCAAAAAGGCCUGGCUCUCUCCUACCCCAAUUGACAGGUUGAUUUUCCUUCUGCCUCUUUUUUACAUAACUUUUAUGAAGACGGCUGAAGUAUUGACAUUUUCAGUAUGGGACCAGGGUAGCAUAAUCAGCUAUUUCAUAUGACAAUAUAGCGUUAAAGGAGCUAUUUGUAAAAAAAUUAAUACACAUUUUACAGUGCAAUGCAAAGUUUCCCAAGUAAAUUGCUGGGAUUCAUGCAUAAGUAUUUGAAAAUUCCCUAAGUGGCUAAAAUGUGUGCAUAAUAAUUUCAAGUUUUUUUUUUCAUGCAAUGUAUUCAUGAAUUUAAAAAAAAAUCUGUUACAAAUUGGAGCCCAUCAGUAUACCUGUGAUUAUUUUGUGUUGCCUGAUGGGGUGAAUGCACUGAAUGUAUAGCUUUAGCUCUACUUAUACUUAGGUAACAGUUAUCAAGGGCGUAACUACCGGGUCACAGAGGUCACAAUUGAGACCAGGCCAACACCUCUAGGGGGCAUAUCUGUCCCUACAAUCAGUAGUGGCAUUGCAAAAGUGUAGUCUGGUGGUUCCCAGGAUCCUGUCUGACCCCUCUGUGUGUCCCUUACCUGAAAAUAAAAGUUCACAGUGUAAGGAAAGUCUUUGUAUUGCCCUUACAAAUACGGUGGCAUGCAUUCCAAGAUGGCUACCCCAGUGUGGCUGUACUUGAAAAUCUGUCACCAUAUUUGUACAGAAAGUGCAUAUCCUCUGGCAUGGACUAACCAAAGAGGAAGGGAGACUCAUGGUAACAAAGAAGCAGCUCCUGUGUUGCUGCUUGUUCAGGUUUACCUGAUUGCAAACAUUCAGAAAUGGUGCUGUUGUAAUAGUUGGCAUUGCCACGGCCUUUGCUCUGGGGCCCAGUGAGGUCUAAUUAUGUCCCUGACUGUUAUAUAUAUUUUUUGAGGAAUAAUACAAUAAUAAAGGACUGAUGCAUUGGACCAGGCUCUCUAUAGCAAUCCACUCGUGCAAGAUUAUAAAAAAAUACCCAUCCCUCCAAGAAUUCUGAAAAGAGAGCUGCUUCUUAUUGCUAAGGUGUCUAUCCUACGUUUCUGUAUGUGAAGGAGAGAUGCAUACAUUACAGCAUAGUGCUGAAAAAAUAGCACUCAUAAUCAUUCUGAAAGUAUGAGUAAAAAAAGAAUCAUAAUUAGAAUACAUAUUAAAAACAUAAAAUAAUGUAUUUAAAUCAAGCACUACAAUUUUUAUUUCAAGUAUGCAGGAAACAAAAGGAUUUAAUGUAUAUAGUAAAAAAUGUAGAAUGCCAUAGAGAGUGCGGCGUUCCUGGCAGCAUCCGGGGACCCGGCAAGUGAACCGGAAGUGAUACCGAUAAGGUUAAGGAAAGUUCAGCCCACUAUAGUAAACGAAGUGCCGUAGCAGUGGCGAAACCAAGCCACUAGAUAUAAUCCAAGGAUAGAACAAACAGCAGGCACUGCAACGAGGGAUCCAUAAAAGUAGAAAAUCCUUUAUUGAAAUAGGUUAAAACAAAAACAACAACAAACGCUGUAUCACACGCAGAAAAAAGACAAUGGCAGGAGUGUAAGAGACACAACAAGCUGUGUAGAAAGUGAUUUCAAAAUAUGAAGUUAAAAUCAUUGGUCAUAUCUGAAGUUCUCUCACAAGUCUCACUAGGUUCUCUAAGCAUUUUGCCCCUGCAGAUCUUGCUGUUUUCUCUCUCCAAAAAAACAACUCAGGUUUGAUGUUCAUUUGCUUAUUAAAGCAAAGUUGCUAUCAGUGUCAGGUUCUCUCUGUCACAUUUGGUCUCCCGUUUGAAAGCUUUAUUACUUUCUAUAGGAGGCAGCUCGUCAUUCACAUGGACUUUCAAGUGCAGCCAUUUUUUAAUAACUGAGGUCUGCCCCAGCGAGGGUUGGUGUGAUAUUUUACUCUAUACCAGUGAAUUUUAUAGAAUCAGGCUAGUUGUCACAAAUAUUUUGAAGCUUACUCAAAUCACUUUAUUGAGUAUAGUGGUUUCAUUACAAAUACGUAUUGUUAUACAUCUAUCCAAUUUAAACUUCUGCAAAGUCAUUGAAUACAUUUCUGAUAACAGUAUAGAGAAGGCACACCUGUUUAUAAGAACAUCUGUGCAGAGGGGAAAUAUGUAAGUAUGAUCAUUAAACUUGUGUUCAGUUAUGUUUCAAUUAGAGAAAACUCUCUUGCACAAUUGUAAUUUUUGUUAUUUGCUCAGCUUUAAACAUGCCUACUAAAACAUUGACCCUUGUACUGAUAUAUAUUAAAAGUCAGGUUUAUUAAAUUAAAAACAAUUAUUCAGGUACUGGAUUAAUAUUUAAAAUGCCUGUGUUUCAUUUCAUAUACAAAACUAUAAUUAAAUGGAAGUUGUGUCAAAUUUUUUUUAAAUCUAUAUUAAACACAUCUGUAAUUGCA